AUAAUUUUUUUUUAGUUUUUUUAGCUGCUCUGAAUGGGUAAUAGACAUGAUCUUCAAAUGGGGGUUAUGUAGAAACAUGCUGAUAGCUGAUUUGGCUGAUGGGCUACCUUAGCUUAUAAAAUAUGGAAGGAUCGAUCACGGCUGCAUUUAUUAUUUUUGCUUAAGCAUAACUUGACCACAGAACAUGCAUGUAGCCUAUUUCACUAAAACGCUACCCUAGAAAUUGAACGGUCAUCGUUAUGUUAACUAAAACGUUGCUUUAAUUAAUUAUUGUUAUUCAACAUUCAAGCUAUUAUCUGCCUGCAAUUUCGAUUUUCCUCUCUUUCUGCAUCUUCAGGUUCUACUUGUUGUGUAGCACCGUGCAUAACGUUCCAUUUGUUUCACCUAACCAAGAACUUACUUAAGAGCCUGCCUCUUUUUCAAGGAUUUAGAAGUUGUUUAGGAAGCAUAUUUAGUGGAGGGAGGAAAUGGAAUGCGAGAACGAAGCAUGUGAUGGGUGCAAGAAGGACUGCCUGUUGAUUCAUGGAAAAGGGGUUCUUUCUUUCUUUAAAGUAAUGAUUGACAAACGUUUCUUACAAGUUCUGUAUUUCCCCCCAAAGUUUGCUCGAUCAGUUUCACACCUGACUGAUCAGGAAACUUAUCUGGAGGACUCAAAUGGACAGCGAUGGAGGGUAACAGUGUGUAACCAUAAUGGUUCACUUUCUAUCCGGCAGGGAUGGCCUAAAUUUUCAUCAGACCAUGGUCUGGAUGUGGGCGACUUCUUGGUUUUCCACUAUGUUCCAGGUCAGCACUUCAUUGUUCAAAUAUUUGGAACAAGUGGUUGUGAAAAGAUGAAGUCCUGCAGUGAUAUUGGCAACGGAAGAAAAAGAGCAAGGACUUACCCUGAAGCAACUAUCCCGGCUGAGCUGUUUCAAACAACUGAUAUAAAUUCAAUCAAGAAAAAGAGUAAAACAUCUGCUGAAUCUGAGUCUGAAAAGGUCGCAUACAAGCCAAGUAUUGCCAACUUUGCAACAAACAUUGAUGCUGACACUGGGAAGGGACAAUCAGUACAUUCAGCUAUAGAUGUGGAUGAAUCAUUUUGUAUGAUUGAUAGAAGUUCUCAAUAUGAUCAAGGAGAUGACAGGUUGUGCUUGCAUCUGUCAAGUUUUGAAAUGCCAGCAAGCAAACCUCUUGCAGAAGGAACUAACAAUCCUUUUAAAGGUCACAUUGGAAAGGAUAAUCACGUUGAAACCAAUUUAAGAUCACUAACAGAACCAAAUUUAAAUGUUGAGAUCGACAACUUGAAUUCAGAAGCACUGUUGUCAAAGCUUGAGACUGGAAUCACGGCAACCAAUAUGGUUAGUAGUCCAGCAGAGGAUAUUCCACUGCCGUAUCCAAAAUAUAAGAAAUCCAAUGAAGCAUCUCAGUUUGCUAGGGAAGCAAGACUAGUGAAGAAAGAAUUUGAGGAGAUAACAACAGAAGCAUUUUCUCCUGCUAGAGCAAUACACAGAGGAGAGUACGCAAAUGGUAAUGAAAAAGUCAUCAAAAGUGAGCCUGCUGAUUCAGGAGACACACCAUCCCUUAAUGCAGUGAGCUAUUCAUGUUUGCUGGAGAUCGAUGGCCGGGAUUUUCUGGAAUUACCAGAAUCCUGGCAAAAAUAUUUUCUGCAAAGGGCAAAGCAAGGAAGGAUAAUUAUUUAUCUCCGAGGACCGGAUAAAAGAAUCUGGCCUACCUUUUAUCAUUGCAGAUCAGGUUUUAAUGUUUUGACAUGUGGAUGGAAACAAGUUACUGCAGUUUAUGGCCUGAAUCCAGGAGAUGAAUGCCUUUUUCAACUUGUAAAUCAGCCGAGACGCAUAUUUGAUGUACGCAAACUCUGAAAGUCCAAAAGUAAGAUGCGAAAGAACUACUUGAAAGUCCAAAAGUAAGAUGCGGAAGAACUACUUGGAGCUGUUUACCUUAAGCAGUUACAAGAGGAAUGAAAGAAAGGAGCUAUGCCAGUUUCUCAUUAAUUGUUUUUGAGCAACAUUUAGCUGUUGCCUGGCUGAGUCAUAUAUGAUGGCACUAACUCUUGGAUUAUUCUGUGAAUACUUUUUUUAAAAAAAAUCUAUUUCAUCUGUAUAUGGUAAACUGUUUGUGGAAUGGAAUAUGAAAUGUGAGAGCACAUGUUUCAUUUGUAUGUUAUAUAACAUGCAAGUUGAUAUGCUUAAUGCCUGUUCAAUUA